AUGGCGACUGCAGGCUCUGAACAAGCCCCGAUCUCAUUACGUGGUAGCACGGAUACGGUCAUUGAGUUUCUGCGGUGCGCGAUCUACUCUAUUCUAUACCAGAGGGGCAUUUAUCCACCAGAGAUGUUUCGUCGUGCCUCGAAAUUCGGCACGAGCGUCCUCGUCGCACAAGAAGCCCAGCUCGACUCCUACAUAGAGCGCAUCCUGCAACGUCAUCUGCGCCUGUGGGUCCUGCGAGGGUCUGUGCACCGUGUCGUGCUCGCAUUCGCUGCCACUGCCGAUCCAGGUCGUAUUCUAGAACGAUGGCACUUCGAUCUCCAUAUGGAGCAGCGGGCUACUGAGGAUUCAAGCGUCCCUCGGGACGAAUCUGUAGUCAUGAGGGAAAUCCAGGCAAUCAUUCGGCAGAUUACUGCAUCGGUAACGUUCCUGCCGCUGCUCGAUGAGCCUUGCUCCUUCGAUCUGUUGGUUUACACCGAUCCUGCCCUUGAGGCAGAUGCCAAUGAGUGGGAGGAAAGCGACGCGAAGCUCAUUACCGCUCCCCGCUGCGAACAAGUGAAGCUGCGUUCCUUCACGACGAAUGUGCAUCGAGUCGAAACCGGUGUUGCGUAUGCCUGUAAAGAGCUCACCGAUACUUCGUAUCCAUUUCGAAAGCCAAUACUGCCGCAAACAUUCCACGUGGCGACCGCGCUCGCCUGA